UCACAGCCAGGGAGCUCUUACUGGCAUCAGCAGAUGGAACUAGGCGGCAACCUGUCGCAACCGUUCAUGCAUUCAGAGCAGUCACCCAUCCUUAGUGGUGGUGCUGAUUACUUUGAGGGCGACCGCGAGGAUGAUGACCAUGCUACAAACAUUUAUGGCUUCUCGCAGACAGUGUUUCACACUCCACCACCACCACCGACGCAGGAGACACAGACCGUGACAGACGAGGUUAACUAUGGUCGUGGUUAUCGCGAGCCUCGUCCACCGCCUCAGCGCUUAUCGCCUUCCGGUCCUCGCCCGAGGAAGACCCAGACUCGUCGCCGUCCCCCGCAGUGAUAUGCUUAUUAUCUAUGUAUGACUC